AUGGCCCUCUGUCUCCCUUGUCCCUUCCCCCUCGGUCCCUCUUCUCCGUCCUACAUCUGCACCAGGGCUCUCCGCCGGCAAGUCACCCUCAGCCCGAGCUCUCCACCGAUGACGGGCGGUAGGCGGAGGCGGCCUCGGCCACGACAUGCUCGGGCGCGGAGGCGGGAAGUUAGAGAUGGGGUGGUCGCUGCCGACCCCCUCGGCCCUUCCUCUCCGUCGUCGACAAGAAGCAGUGGGGGAGGACGCGAGUGGAUCUCGCCGCUGCCGAAGAUGGAAGAGGAGUUGCCGAGAAGGGGAGCUCGAUUGCAGCCACGGGGGAGUUCGCGGCGCCGUCCAUGGUGGAUCUCGCGCUGUCGGCCAUGGGGAGAGGAAGAGGAGCUCGUGCCGCCGUCCAUGGUGGAUCUCGCCGCCGGCGGAGAUGGAAGAGGAGCUGCCGAGAAGGGAGCUCGACUGCGGCCAUGGGGGAGCUCGCGACGCCGUCCAUGGUGGAUCUCACGCCGCUGGCCAUGGGGAAGGAAGAGCAGCUCAUGUCGCCAUCCAUGGUGGAGCUCGCGCCGCCGUCCAUGGGGGGAGGAAGAGGAUCUCGUGCCGCCGUCCUUGGUGGAGCUCGCGCCGCCGGCCAUGGGGAGGAAGAGGAGCUCGCGCCGCUAUCCAUGGGGAAGAGGAAGAGGAGCUCGCGCCGCUAUCCAUGGGGAAAAGGCAAAGUUGGACCUGUCGAAUAAGCUUCCACCAAUAAAAGGUGUGAUUGAAGCCAAAUUUAUUGCACGCAAGCAAUGGCUUGUGGCUGGAGAUUGGGAUGGUUACAUUCAUGUGUAUUGCUACAAGGCAAUGCAGCGACUCGCGCAUUUCAAAGCACACCGAUCGUUACACAUACAGGACUUGGCAGUUCAUCCAACUGAGCCAUAUGUGCUGUCAGCUUCUUUCCACGAGGGAAACGUCAAGUUGUGGGACUGGGAAAAGGGCUGGAAAUGCACUCGAAUAUUUGAGUUUGCUGACUUUGACCAUGUCUAUGGAGUCACCUUUUUAAACAUAAAGGAUACGGAUACUUUUACAGUUCAUGGCGAUGCUGGAAUAAAGGUUUGUAAUCACCGGUCUGCUGGUUCUGCUGAAUUCAUAUUGUCAGAAUAUAAAGAUCCAGGUUUUAUAACUUGCUUCGAUCACUUUGCUAAUGGUGGCCAUCAUUAUCUGAUUAUCGGUGGCAUUGAUGGGAUUGUCAAGAUUCGGGACUUGCACACAAAGAGUCUUGUUCAAACAGUUGAAGGCGUACAUCUUGAUUCAGUCAAAGUAAUCUAUUGCCAUCCCGAGCAUCCAGUACUAGUUACAGGGUCACAAGAUGGAACUGUUUGUCUGUGGAACUCAACUACGCUCAGGCCUGAGAGAACGUUUAACUUUGGCCUCGAAGGAGUUAAUGAUGUAAAAGUAUGUAUGGAUAGCUCAAGAAGUUACAGGGUAGUGAUUGCACACUGGAACGGAUUGGCAAUGAUAGAAAUCGACCAAAAUGAUCUAGUUGUUGUGAACACUGGCAGCAGCAGUGAAGAAAAUGAUUUAGUUGGCUCAAGAAAAAGAAAACUAUCGGAGCCAGAUCAGUCGGAGAUAGAAAAUGAAGAAAAUGAUUUUGUUGUCGAUGUCAUGGACACUGGUAAUGGCGCAGAGCAGACGCAGGGCAAUGGGUCAACGGAUGAAGAGAUACAUUCUGUCUCCAGUAACCUGCUCGACGUUUACCCUGGGAAGCUUCAGCUACCAUUUAAGCCCAAUAAGCUGACGUCUUGUUCAGUAAAGCUGAGAAACACGACGGAUGACCACAUUGCUGUCAGGCUUCUGACGAAGUGCCCGAAGAGAUACAUGGCAAAGAUGCCACUUUGUUGCAUUGUGCCGCCAAAUUGCAUGUACACAUUCAUAGUGACAGGUAGCGAUCAGAAGAAGAGACCCCUGCUGAGCAGGGACGAGUUUCUCACCCUAGAAAGCACCAUUUGCUUGAAAGAAGAUAUUGUUGGGCUGCAGAAUGCUAAUGUAGACUCAGCGGCCAUGGAGUUUACCAACUUCUUUAAAGAAGCCAAAGAGAUGGCAGCUGAUAAGCAGGUGCAUGAGCUAAAGUUAAGUGUUGUUUCUGACCCACUAAAAGAGACAACCUCUAUUCAGCAACAGUCAGAAGUUGAGGUCGUAUCCAAUAGGAAGUUUUCACAUGUGCUGUCUGUGGACGUGCAUCCGACGGAACCAUGGAUUCUGACGACCAAUCAAGCCGGAGAGGUUCGCAUUUGGGACUACAAAGCGCAGGCCAUAGCUAUAUCCUUUGACUUCACAGAGGAACAAGUUUACUCUGCUAAAUUCAUUGUGGGAGAGGAAUGGAUUGUCGCUGGUGAUGGCUACGGGACUAUCUAUGUAUACAGUUACCAAACAGAGGAGGAAGUUACAAACAUCGAUGCUCACGAUAGUGAGAUCACGUCUUUGGCUGUGCAUCCCACUGAUCCUCUUGUGCUCUCGUCAUCCGAGGAUCACCUGAUAAAGCUCUGGGACUGGAAGAAGAACUGGGAGUGUACUCGAACAUUUGAGGGACACUCCGACAGAGUAACACAUGUAAAUUUUAACCCAAUAGGCACCAGCAGUUUUGUAUCUGCUUCCUUGGAUCACACAAUCAAGGUUUGGAACAUUUCUUCUCCUGAGAGCAUCAUCACGACGCUGUCUGAUCACCCGGAUGGCCUGGUUUGUAUUCACAGUUACAGAAGUGAUAUGAAGCAGUAUUUGAUUGUUGGAUCUUGUGAUGGGACUGCACAAAUCUGGGACAUGGAGACGAGAAGACUUGUUCAGACACUCAAAGGGCAUGCACGUCAUAUUAGUUGUGUCUACCAUCACCCAGAACUUCCAGUAGUAAUCACAGGUUCACAUGAUGGGACUGUUCGUUUAUGGAACUCCACUACCUACAGGCUCGAAAGUAUAGUUGGUAUUAACCUUGGUGUAGUUCAUGCUCUUGGAUAUAUCAAAGACUUAAGAAGAAACAUUCGCAAGGUAUGA